CUCAAUAUGCAAAACCCACUUCAACAGUUCCUCACUAUUCUGGCCACGAGAGAAGAAGUUAUUUUUAUGAUCCGCAUCCUCACCCACUAAUCUCUUGAAGAUGGAAGAAAUCUCAGAGAAUAUCAAUAUGAAAUCAUGAGAGGAGAACGAAAAAGAGAAGAACUGGAAACCCAAGUGUAAAAUAACUGCCUUAAAUGUUUGCUAGUUAUUCAGCUAUAACCGAAUCUGCACAUCGAAAAGUGUUCCUCCCCAAAGUCGUUUAGAAAUUCAACAAAAUACAAACAUAUUAUUCCAACAAAACCAAAGUAAUCAACUUUCAAUCUAUCAGAUCUACUUCCCUAAACAAGGGUAACAAAUCGGAUAGGAGAACAUCGUCUAGCCAAAUCUAAGGAAUGCCAUAAUCAGCAUGCAACAUGAGAGCUUGGUUUCCAUCCUUAAAUACUUGAGUAACGUGCAGAAAAUGAAAAUGAAACUAGAACUCAAUCGGGCAUAGUAUAUGGAAAAGUAAUAUAUAAAAGGCUAUGCUUUAUUCUAGAGAAGAGAGAUGUAAUCGUAAUGAGAAGUUCUUUUCCGAACCUCUGCUCAUGGGAAACUUCGGUAUGCAUUACAUCAACAAAUUGCAUCAGAAAUACUAUUUCCUAGCUUCUCACAGAAAUUGGAAGAAUGUUUACGAUGUUCUCCUAUUAGAUGACACCACUAAAUAGUUGUACCUCUAAGGAGCAGGUUGAUCCCCAUGUAUUAUUAUAUAGGUUUCAAGAGUGUGAUUGCCAGUAUCAAUAAAUAAAAGAAGUCCAAUGAUGCCCCUUAAGUCUAUGUCCCAAUAGAAACAACGUAGGAAAUCAUCACUACUCGCUAUGAGAAACUACUCAAGGAUCUCUUGGACAUGAAUCACCAUGUCUCCAAAUCUAUUAUGAAAUAUAACACUUUGCAUCAACGCAGAAAAAAGAAUAAGGAAUCGUAAAGUAGAAUCAAAAUAACCACAACCAGACAUUCACAAUAAGAUAAAAUACUUAAUUUAAGUGACUUUGGGAAAUUCUCUGCUCCCUCCUCCAGAUAUAGUAGAUCAAGGUAACUCAAAACGUAGUUGUCAUGUUUAUAGUCUCCAUCUGAACCGCACAUUAAAUAAUAUGAGUUUCUUUUAACUUUGCGUCAACCUGUUAAUUCAGGUCGUUUGAUUAAUAAAUGCAUUAAUUAAAAUUCAUGAAAUACUUUAAGGAAGCAUCCUUCUCAUUGAAAUAAAAAUUUGGCUACACCCCAGAAGAAUAGGCUCUCAAACUCUUUGAUCAAGCGUAUCAUUUCGAUAGUUCAAUCCUCCCCAUCAAUCUGAUGGAUCAAAUUGCUGAAUUAAGUUUUCAAAUGUAAUCAUUAUGGAAAUAUUCCUAGGGAACACUAUCCAAAAAUAAUCAAUUAAAUUGUUCUGCAAUUAUCAACCAUUGGAAUCUCUUCCAAUGUUAUACUCAAAGUACUCUAACUCUUCUCAAUUAUUGUAGACACUCAUUAUUACAGAUUAUCUCUUAAAAUACGGAUGUUCUGGUAUAAUCGACGAUUUGAAAGUAAGGAUAUACAUGUUUCGAAAUUAUCAAGAUUUUAAAAUUGAUUUCCAAGAACCUAUCUACAUAACAAGUAUCAAAUUCAAUAUAACAAGUACGACAAAAAGCAGGGAAUAUUGCCAACUAAUUAACCAAUAGAAAACUGCUCUAUAAGGAAAAAGAAAUAGCAAGGCAAAUGAAGCUUAAAAUAUAAAUUAAUAAACAAAAAACUUAAUCAUUGAGUCAUUAAGAUUACAAAUAAACAACAACUACUAUGGAUGAUAUUCUAGAAAACUAUAUUUUUAAAUACAUGGAUAAAUUUAAUGAUAAAUUGGAAAGUUGGGGAGAUUCGAUAAAUGAUAAAUUAGAUUAAAUAAUUGACAAUAUCACACUUAAUACAACUUAUGAAAGAGAUGAAAAUGGGUAUUACUUUCCAGAAUCAUGUAUGGAUGAAAUCACCAUUACAAAUACACCUAUUGAAAUUUAAGAAACAUAAAAUUAAGAGCAAAAAGUAACAAACAACCACAAAAAAGAUUUAUGUAAGUAUCUUAAUAAUAAGCUAGUGGAAUUCGAAAAUAAUGAUAUGUAAAUUUAUUAAUAGCCGAAACAAGAGAUUAAUUUACUAGAUUGA